GUCGUUUAAUAUUCAAAGUGACAUUAAUAUUAUCUAUGAUUUAUGCCGACCAUAACUCAUCUCUCAGCCACUGGCCGCGGGUAUUGUUUUUUUGCCCUUUUUCCGCGAAUGAGGAACGCGCAGCGUCGACUCGUCUCUUCGCCAUUAUUGCACAAGCCCCGUUUCCAUGGCAGUGACUGUCAAAAAAUGCUGUUCAAAACCGCUCAGGAUCAGCGUGAAAGCCUGCAGAAGUUUCUACUACUCAGUAGCAACCAGGAAAAUCACCCUGAGCUGCUCGCUGACAAAAAGGCGAUUUUAUUCGCUGCUGCCACCCUGACAGAGAGCCCGGAGGUUGCAGUGGUGGACCUCUGUCUGGAGAUUGUGGAGAACUUCAUCAAAAAUCCUCAGGCUCAUGCGGUUCUUGUUGGCACUUUUGGCGUCUAUGAAGCAAUGGAAGCUCUGGCCAUCAGAAUGCGAAGCUGCAAUGCAGGUAUAGCCAGAAGGGCGGAAAAAAUCACGCAAACCCUGCGGAACGCCGCCCCUCCAGCUCUGAGCACGAGAAGUCGCACAAAAAGCGGCAAUAUAGCCAAAAAACAAACCGUCCACCUGCUCCACAUCCCCUCGCUGACUUUGGCGAACAGGCAGAAAUUCGAAAAAAGCCUGCUGCAAAUCAGGGGCGUCAUCUCCUUCCUGGUGGACGUGGAGGCAAAACGAUGCACUUUGAGGCUCUGCCCCCGAGUCUCAAUAGCGGAGGUUGUGCAAAAGAUCUCCAGCAAAUGCCGCCUCAAGUGCCUGGUGGUUCGGAAAAAUGCUGCCGAUGGUGCUGAGAGCUUGUAUGACGUUGUGCUGAACGAUGCCAACAUCAGCUCGCUCGAGUAUCCUGAGGAGGAUUUUCUGCAGAAAUCCGGCGCUUUAGCCACAUUGCAAGCGGAAGCGUGCGCUAAAAGUGGGAUUUUCGGCUCGAUCAAACACUUUGUGGCCGAGUCGUUUUACUGGUAGGAAUAAAUGCGAAUUUAAAUAUAA